AUGAAUGAUGCUUUGAAAUUAAUCUAUGUAGCCAUUGCAAUGGGACUUGGUGCCUUACUAGGACUAUGUUGGGCUCGCACUGCUGAGAGGCAAACUUCUCGACUGCACAAAAAAUAUCUAAGGGCGGUGUUAAGGCAAGAUGCUAGCUUCCUUGAUAAGAUAGAUGGCACUUCAACCACAUAUCAAAUCAUAGCAAGUUUUUCAGCUGAUUCUCUUACUAUUCAAGGUGUUCUCAGUGAGAAGAUUCCAAACUUCCUUAUGAAUGUAUCAACUUUCAUUUCUUCUGAGGUGGUAGCUUUGUACCUCUGUUGGAAACUUGCUGUUGUUGCCAUUCCAGCACUAUCUCUAUUGAUCAUCCCAAGAAUCAUUUAUGGGAAGAUGCUAGCUGAGAUAGGGAAAAAAAUUAUAGUAUCUUACGGAGGUGCUGGCUCGAUAGAAAAGCAAGCAUUUUCACCAAUCAGGACUGUAUACUCUUGUGGUGGUGAGAACGAAACGAAAAGAAGCUAUUCGGAAACAUUAGAAAAAAGUUUGGAUCUUAGGAUUAAACAAGGGCACAUAAAGGGCUAUGCUAUUGGGAGCAUUGACAUAGCUUUUGCUGUCUGGUCUUUCCCAGCCUGGUACGUCAGCAUUUUAGUCAUUGAGAAGGGAGCAAUUGAUGGGGAUGUUUUUACAACAGGAGUUUGCAUCAUCGUUGGAGGACUGUAA